AUGACGAACAUUAGGGAAAUUGUUUCCGGCACAAAGUACCGCAUGACCCUCGGUCUUCCUGUUGGUGCUGUUAUGAAUUGCGCCGAUAACUCUGGUGCCAAGAACUUGUACGUUAUUGCUGUCCGUAACAUCAAGGGUCACUUGAACAGACUCCCCGCCGCCGGUUGUGGUGACAUGGUUGUUGCUACCGUCAAGAAGGGUAAGCCCGAAUUGAGAAAGAAGGUUUUGGCUGCUGUUGUUGUUCGUCAACGCAAGGCCUGGCGCCGUAGAGAUGGUGUCUUCCUUUACUUUGAAGAUAACGCUGGUGUCAUUGUUAACCCCAAGGGUGAAAUGAAGGGUUCCGCUAUCACUGGUCCCGUUGCCAAGGAAUGUGCUGAUUUGUGGCCUCGUAUUGCCUCUGCUGCCGGUACCGUCGUUUAA